GGGAGCCAGGCCGGCAGGGUGCAGCCUAGGCCGGCUCUGCCUUCUCCCUGAGCUGCGGAGGCGGAAGGCCCGCGAAAGGCUUGGGUGCUUUCCCGUCUUGGCAUUCCCGUUGGUCAUGCUUUAACCUGGGAGGAAUGGCUAUGGGCCAUGAGCAGACCCUGUAGAAAUUCGUGUUCUUCGUUCGUUUGCAGUCAUUGUUUGCAUUCAUCGAGUAACCUUGUAGUUUAGUUUACUUCUAAAUAAAAUACAUUAGAGCGUUGAAUAAAGUAGGUGAUUUAUGAAUCAUGCUAAGGGGCGUGGUGGCACACACCUUUAAUCCCAGCACUCGGGAGGCAGAGGCAGGUGGAUCUCUGUGAGUUCGAGGCCAGCCUGGGCUACAGAGCAAGUUCCAGGACAGCUAGAGCUGUAACACAGAGUAACCCUGUCUCUAAAAAAUAAAAUCUUGCUAAGGGCUGCGGAGAUGGCUCCUUGGGUAGAAGAGCCUGAGUUCGAAUUUCCAGCGUCUGUAGGAAAAAACGUGCGUGGCUAAGGAAGUCUGAAACCACAAUUCUGGGAGGUGGAAACAGAAACAGCUUUCCAGAAUAUUGGCUCUUCCACCAGAAAGCUUGAUCAAGUCAAUAUCUGCAGUUCCAGUUUCAAAAAAAGAAGAAGUGGCAGAUUUCCAGCUUUCUGUGGAUUCCUUGCUAGAAGACAACAAUCACCAGUCAAAACUAGAUACUCAAGAUCAUGCCAGGAGACUGACAGAGAAGUGGAGUUACAAACAGUUGUAAAUGCUAGGAAGAGUGUCCGGUCCUCUGGAAGAGCAGCCGCUUAAAUGUGAUACAGUGGUGACUGCCAUCAGUGCUGGUCCAGGGACUCUGAAUUUCAAAAUAAACAGAGAAUUAUUAACAAAGGCAGUGCUGCAGCAAGUCCUUGAAGACGGCUCUAAAUAUGGGUUAAAAAGUGAACUUUUCUCAGGUCUUCCCCAGAAGAGGAUUGUGGUUGAAUUCAGUUCACCUAAUGUUGCAAAAAAAUUUCAUGUUGGACAUUUGCGCUCCACCAUCAUAGGAAAUUUUAUAGCAAAUCUAAAAGAAGCUUUAGGACAUCAAGUAACAAGAAUAAAUUACAUUGGAGAUUGGGGCAUGCAGUUUGGUCUGCUGGGGACUGGUUUCCAGCUGUUUGGCUAUGAAGAAAAACUCCAUUCCAAUCCUUUACAGCAUCUCUUUGAUGUUUAUGUACAAGUUAAUAAAGAAGCUACAGAUGAUAAAAAUAUAGCAAAAUUGGCACAUGAAUUCUUCCAUCGACUAGAACUGGGUGACAUGCAGGCCCUUUCACUGUGGCAACGAUUUCGGGACUUGAGCAUUGAAGAAUACAUUCAGAUUUACAAGCGCCUUGGAAUAUACUUUGAUGAAUAUUCAGGAGAAUCAUUUUAUCGUGAAAAAUCUCGAGAUAUCUUAAAGUUGCUGGACAGCAAAGGACUUCUACAGAAAACAAUAACAGGGAAUGUUGUGGUAGAUCUCUCUGGGACUGGUGACCUCUCUUCUGUCUGCACUGUGAUGCGAAGUGAUGGAACCUCUCUCUAUGCGACCAGGGAUCUUGCAGCUGCUAUAGAUCGAAUGGACAAGUAUAAUUUUGAUACAAUGAUUUAUGUGGCAGACAAAGGGCAAAAAAGGCAUUUUCAGCAAGUGUUCCAAAUACUGAAGAUCAUGGGAUAUGAAUGGGCAGAAAGGUGCCAGCAUGUACCUUUUGGGAUAGUAAAGGGAAUGAAGACUCGAAGAGGGGAUGUCACUUUUCUGGAAGAUGUCUUAAAUGAGGUUCAGUCAAGGAUGCUACAGAACAUGGCUUCCAUUAAGACAACAAAAAAAAUGGAGAACCCACAAGAGACUGCAGAGAGGGUAGGGCUCGCAGCUCUCAUCAUCCAGGAUUUCAGAGGCUUACUCCUAUCUGACUAUCAGUUCAGUUGGGACCGUGUUUUCCAGAGUCGUGGGGACACUGGAGUCUUCCUACAAUAUACCCAUGCCCGCCUCUGUAGUUUGGAAGAGACUUUUGGAUGUGGUUACCUCAAUGACGUCAAUGUUGCUUGUUUACAAGAGCCACAGUCAGUUUCCAUUCUCCAGCAUCUUCUCAGGUUCGACGAGGUACUUUAUAAAUCAUCUCAGGACCUUCAACCUAAGCACAUUGUUAGUUAUCUUUUAACGCUAAGUCACCUUGCAGCUAUGGCACAUAAAACACUCCAAGUGAAAGACAGUCCUGCUGAUGUGGCUGGGGCCAGACUUCAUCUUUUCAAAGCUGUCCGUUCUGUCCUAGCCAAUGGAAUGAAGCUUCUUGGAAUUAUACCUUUCUAUGUACCAGAAUCAUUGCUAUGUACUGAGCAGAUAAGAAAGUGGCAACACACACCUCGGAAUGGCCCUUAAGCAGCUUCAUGAAGAGGGGAGAUUGACAGGUGUAUAUAACAAUAAAACAGAGAUAAAUGCCAAUAAAUGUAUAUAUAUGGUACCCGAACCUACUGUUUCAGCUCUUGUUUUCUUUCUUCCCGACACUAACUCUCAGGAGCUUCGUUUGUCAUCCUAAGAAAUGAAUAAUUCUCGGUACUAUCACUGGAAUUAGAAGAGUACUGAGAUACAGUACUGUACUAUAAUAAGGACGUGAUACUUUGUUCAAAAGCAGAAAGCCUAAUGUCAGGAGUGCCUGAGACUGAGACAUAAAGCGUAACCUAAAAUAUCUGGUCAUCACUGAAAAUUUAGAACAUUUCACUCCUGAGACACUUAAAGUGCAAAAGAAAUUUAAACUUGGAAAGCCAGGCCCAAGAGUCCCAGCUUCAACAGUGUUUAAGAUCUUGGAAUACACAAUCUAAGUCUUAACCCAUUGUUACAAGGUGGUGAGGGAUGAAUGUAUGCAAAAACUCAGUCCACAUGGCAGAUACUCCACAAAAGACAACUUUCUCAUCUGACAGGAUGAGUUUAAAUGCAAAUACUGGUUUAGUAUAAACUAGCUACACUAGAAAUUCAAAACAAGUUGUACUUAUAUAACAUCAAUUAUAUAUAGCCAAUUAAAAAGGUAAGUGCUGUCGAUUAUGCUCAUUGUUAAUAAAAGGCUGACUGGCUGACAGCUGGGCAGGACGAGAUUGAGCAAGAGAGCCAGACUAGGAGAAUUCUGGGAAGAGGAAGGGUGGAGUCAGAGUUGCUGGCAAAAUGCAGAGGAGCAGGAUGAGAAUGCUGUACUGAGAAAUGGUACCAAGCCACAUGGCUAAACAUAGAUAAGAAUUAUGGGUUAAUUUAAAUGUAAGAGUUAGCUGAGCUAUCAACCAAGCAUUUCUCAAUAAUAUUAAGCCUCAGUGUGUUUAUUUGAGAGUAGUGGGACAGGAAAACUGUUUACAGAUAAUUUCCCCCAAAACUAAUCAUAUGCUGACUUAGCAGAUCUCUUAAAAACAAAGGAGUAAUGUCAAGCUAUGUCUAAUACUAUUCAGGUAGUGUCUAGAAAUAGAAUCAAAUUUUAGGUUUUACUGUGGAACAAUGACAGAACAAAUACAUCUGGAAGUAGAAUACCAGGCAGGGUUGAGCCAGGGCUCAGAAAGGUCUCUAGAAACCAGACCACAGAAAUAAAUGAAUUUAAAUUGGGAAGAGAGGACACCUGAAGAGUAAGGAUGUGACAUUACCAUCAAACAUUCACAAGUUCAUCCUAUGAAUUAGUAUUUUCAUUGUUAGGAUAUGAAGAACAAUGAGAGUUUAGUUAAGCUCCUCAACAGUCAGUGUUGAAACCUUUACGUAAAGGGCUAUUUCUGCACUAUUUUCAUAUCAAUGUCAGAACACUCCUCCACUGUCAUCCCUAUCUCUGACAGUGGGCAUACUGCCAGAGACUAAGUUAAGGAGAAUAAAAACUGGAUGGAGAAAACAUUACUCAGCAUUUAAAAACAAAAACAAAAACAGCUUAAAACACUCUAGAAAUUCUGAUGACAUGAAGAAGCCUGCACAAUUUAGUCACGGGUUAGCUAUACACUAUGUUUGGCCAAGUUACCUCACCUGUGUGGACUUAACUUUGUGGAGGUUUAAGUGAGAACUCCCCUGAUAGGCUCCAAUGUUUGAAUGCUUAGUCCUCUGUCACUGACGAUGUCUAGGCAGAUUUAGAAGAUGUGGCCUUGCUGUAGGAAGUAUGCCGCUAGGAAUAGGCCUUAAGGCUUCAAAGCCAUGUGUCGUUCCUAGCUUGCUCUUUGUUUUGUGUUUGUGGUUCAAGUUGUAAGCCCUUCAGCUUCUGCUCCAGCCACACUGCCCGCCACUGUUGCCACCAUUCCACCAUCAUGGACUCUAAUCCUCUGGACCUGUAAGCCCAAAUAAACUCUUCUAUUGAUUGCCUUGGCCAUGAUGUUUUAUCACAGCAAUAGAAAGGUUACUAAUACAGUGUACUGUUAUCCAUUAAAAACAACAACAACAAAGCAUAUACUGAAGGAUUUCUUUUCUCACUAAUAUUUUUAACACUUUCCUCUUGAAACAAAAAGCCAAUCAUAUUAGCUACUUUGCUGUUGCUGUGAUAAAAUGUCAUGACCAAGGCAACCAAUAGAAGAGUGGGUUUCCUUUGGGCUUACAGUUUCAGAAGGAUAAGAGUUCAUAACCAUCACAGUGGGGAAGGCAGCAAGCAGGCAGAGCAGCAGAACAGCUGAGAGUUCACAUCUUAAACCAUAAGCACCAAGUACUGCAGAGGAACUGAACUGGCAACAGUACAUGGCUCUUCAAACAUCUCAUUUAAACUACAACACCAUAAUAAAUAUGAUGAUCCUCAAAAACUCUAUGCUAAGGAGGAAAGCCCACCUAUAAAGCCAAGUGCGCUUUAAAUCCAAAGUAAUAUUACACUCUACAUUCACCAAAGUGCCGGAUGGAGUGAACAAAACAGGUGCUGUAAGAGAGGAGUUUCCUUUUACCUAUGGCAUAUUAUUUUGU